AUGAGCAACGUUACAACGCCGUGGUGGAAAGAAUGGGACCCUGAUACCGUUACACUUACUGAUACUACCCCUGACGAUGUGUGGAAAAUAUGUGUUCUAGAGGGUGUCUAUUUUGGUGAAAACGAAUAUAAUGGUAACUUAGGUGCCAGAAUAUCUUCCGUAUUUGUUAUUCUUUUCGUGAGUACUUUUUUCACUAUGUUCCCGUUGAUAUCCACGAAAGUCAAAAAAUUAAAAAUUCCAUUAUACGCUUACCUUUUUGCAAGGUAUUUUGGUUCUGGUGUCAUUGUUGCAACGGCGUUUAUCCACUUGAUGGACCCUGCUUAUGGAGCCAUCGGAGGAAACACUUGUGUAGGGCAAACUGGUAACUGGGGUAUUUAUGCGUGGUGCCCUGCCAUUAUGCUAACCAGUUUGACUAUCACCUUCCUUACUGACUUAUUCAGUAGCGUAUGGGUUGAAAAAAAGUAUGGUCUUUCCCAUGAUCAUACUCAUGACGACGUUAAAGACACUGUUGUAAACAACGAGGUGGUAAGUUCGCCCGAGAAUUGUACGGCCAAUGGAUCUCAUGACUCCAAAAAUGGAGUAGAAUAUUUUGAAGAAUCAGAUGUUUCAUCCCUGGAUGUCGUCCAGUCAUUUCAAGCGCAAUUUUAUGCCUUUUUGAUCUUAGAAUUCGGUGUUAUCUUCCACUCUGUCAUGAUCGGUCUGAAUUUGGGAAGUACUGGUGAAGAGUUUGCAACCUUGUAUCCUGUUUUAGUAUUUCAUCAAUCCUUUGAGGGUUUAGGUAUCGGUGCAAGAUUAUCAGCCAUCGAGUUUCCUAGAUCGAAGAGAUGGUGGCCAUGGGCCCUGUGUAUUGCCUAUGGCUUGACCACUCCAAUUUGUGUGGCCAUCGGUUUAGGAGUUCGUACCAGAUACGUUAGCGGUUCUUACACUGCUCUAGUGAUCUCUGGUGUAUUGGAUGCUAUUUCAGCUGGUAUCUUGUUAUACACCGGUUUGGUUGAAUUAUUAGCAAGAGACUUCAUAUUUAAUCCUCAAAGAACAAAGAACCUAAAAGAGUUAUCUUUCAAUGUUAUAUGUACCCUAUUCGGUGCUGGUAUCAUGGCUUUGAUUGGGAAAUGGGCUUAA